AUGUCGACCGGGCGCUUCGUUUCGUCGGCAUCGAUCGGCAGCACCAGCACCACCUCGAGCACACAGAUAUCGGCCAACGUGCCCAUCUCCAAUACGGCCAACAAGUGGAAGCGGGAGAGUGAUUGCGAUGAAUUUGUUGGGGCGCGCCGUUCGAAGCACACGGUGGUCGCCUACAAGGAGGCGAUCUAUGUGUUCGGUGGGGACAAUGGUAAAAACAUGCUGAACGAUCUGAUCCGGUUUGGCGUGAAGGAUAAAUCGUGGGGCCGUGCGUUUGCUACCGGGACUCCUCCCGCACCUCGGUACCAUCAUUCGGCGGUCGUCCACGGUACGUCGAUGUUUGUGUUCGGCGGGUAUACCGGGGACAUUCAUUCGAACUCGAACCUUACCAACAAGAACGAUCUGUUCGAGUACAAUUUCCAGAACGGCCAGUGGACGGAGUGGAAGUUUAUAGGACGCACUCCGGUGGCAAGAAGUGCCCACGGUGCUGCUGUGUACGAUGGCAAGCUGUGGAUAUACGCUGGAUACGAUGGAAACGCCCGUCUGAACGAUAUGUGGACAAUAAGGUUGACGGGUGAAACGCAUCAAUGGGAGGAAGUGGAACAGAAGGGCGAUCGUCCGCCCACGUGCUGUAAUUUUCCUGUGGCCGUAGCACGGGGCUGCAUGUACGUGUUUUCCGGUCAAAGUGGUCUCCAAAUUACCAACACACUGUUUCAGUUUAACUUCAAAGAUAAAACCUGGCGUCGAAUAUCAACGGAACACAUCCUGCGUGGUGCUCCACCACCACCCGCACGACGCUAUGGCCACACGAUGGUACAUCACGAUCGGUUCCUUUACGUGUUUGGUGGAGCGGCUGAUUCGACGCUUCCCAACGAUCUUCAUUGCUAUGAUCUGGACAGCCAAAUAUGGUCUACGGUAACGCCGGCACCGGAAUCGCAGAUCCCAAGCGGUCGCCUGUUCCAUGCCGCGGCCGUCAUCGGUGACGCGAUGUACAUCUUUGGUGGAACGAUCGAUAAUAAUGUGCGCAGCGGCGAUACGUACCGGUUCCAGUUCUCGAGCUAUCCCAAAUGUACGUUGCACGAUGACUUUGGAAAGUUUCUCCAGAAUCGGCAAUUUUGCGAUGUACAGUUUAUUGUCGGUACCGAGGAGGUAAAGAUUUCUGCCCACAUUGCCAUGAUUGUGGCUCGGUCACAAUUUUUACGAUCAAAAAUAUUAGCGGCACGUGAUGCCAGAAAUUUGCAUUUUGAAAAACUCUUCGGCACGACGGAUGUUCCGUUGGCGGAACAACCCAUAUUAGAGGUGCAACUGCCGGAUGCCCAACCGGAGGCAUUUGAGAUAGUACUAAACUACAUUUACACCGACCGGAUUGUCUUUAAAGAUCCAUUUAGUCACAAGCUUGUGCUGAUCAUGAUGGAUGUGUAUCAGCUGGCGGUGCAAUUUAACAUUCCCCGGCUGGAGCAACUGUGCGUCCAGUAUCUGGAGUUUAAGAUCUCAAAAUCGAACGUGCUGGAUGCGCUGUACAAUGCGGACCGGAUGGGCUUAACGCUCAUCAAAGAUUACUGUCUCGGGUUUAUCGUGAAGGAAGAUCAUUUUUACAACAUCGUAAUGUCGGCCGAAUUCGCUGCCCUGGACAAACCGCUCAUCGUGGAGAUCAUCCGCAAGCGGCUCAAUCCAAGCAAACACACGACGGACAUGAAGUACGACAAAACGAUCGGUACCACGCUCGAGAGCGAUAUGGCAGUGUUUCUGAAGUCGGGUGGGAAAGAAUUCUGCGACAUCAAUCUGGUGCUGGAGGAAAAGAUUAUACCGGCGCACAAAUCCAUACUGGCCGCCCGCUGCACCUACUUCCAGGCCAUGUUCCGCUCGUUCAUGCCGGCGGACAAUACGGUCAACAUACAGAUCGGUGACAUUUCCCCAUCGCUCGAAGCGUUCGAUUCGCUGCUCAGGUACAUCUACUACGGUGACACCAAGAUGCCACCGGAGGAUUCACUGUACCUGUUUCAGGCACCCUGCUUCUACGGAUUUGCCAACAAUCGGCUGCAGGCGUUCUGCAAACACAAUCUGGAAAAUAACAUCACGUACGAUAACGUGCUGCAGAUACUGGAAGCGUCGGACAAGAUGAACGUGCUGGACAUAAAGAACUACGCGCUCAAGAUGGUGGUGCACAAUUUUAGCCAGGUGGCAAAGCUACCGAAGAUGCAGGAUCUGUCCCGGGAGCUUCUGCUCGACGUGAUAAUGGCGAUCGCGGAUAUGAAGGUGGAAAACAAGCAGCGCAUACACGACACAUUCAUCAGCCAGUAUAAUGAUAUUUGA